AUGGCGGAGUAUCAUCGCCUCACAAGACUUCGACACUUGUCAGAAGAGUUCUUUAGUUACUAUCAGAACGUCACAAUCUCAGAUUUGGUUCCUGAAACCAGGUUACCUACAACGCAGGACUUACAGUGUUAUGCGGAGUUCGCCCAGUUAGCCUCAGGAUUAUCUUCAGGCAGUCUAUGGGCCUACAAAAUGGUCGACGCUUGGGGAUCCAUACCUUCGGGAAUCCUAAUGGGUCACCUCAAGGAUCUGGGUCACUAUGAUGAGUGCGUGAGGAUUGAUCAGGCCAUCGGAUCCAAUGGCCAUGUGUUGGGCAAGUAUUGCCGUGCCCAGCUGCCACUUCAACAGUUACUGGGAUCAUCUACAGCAAUCAGUCUGUUAAGUCCCCAGACAGCUGUUUGCUUUCCCGCCUCUUGCUCUGCCGCAAAUAUGGAUACUCUUCUGCGACGGGUCAUUCAGCAACUUCUUAGUGUCCAGUUAAAUUCGGAUUUAACUUUUGUCAAGGAGAGUACCUGCAAGACUGCAGAAAGGGAAUCCUACGAUGGUUGGACUAUCUUCACAAUAGUAUUAUUAUCUAUAUUCGGAGCUGCAGUUGCUAUCGCCACUCUAUAUGACUACUUCCUUUGUGAGGAUCAAAAAAAACUUCCUCCAUUGCUGAAGGCUUUCUCAGCUCGUGCCAAUUCCCGAGCUCUUUUCCACGUCUCCACUAAAUCCAAUCCGAAUGUCAUAGAGUGCCUUAAUGGAAUUCGCUGCAUGUCCUUGAUUUGGGUGUGCUAUGGCCAUGAUUAUAUAGUGACAUUCACUUCCCCCAACAUUAACUAUGUGGAUAUUUAUGCGUGGGCCAAGACGCCUUUCAUGGAGUUUAUCAAUGAAGGAGUUUUCGCAGUGGAUACAUUCUUCUUUCUCAGUGGACUUCUUGUGGCCGUUGUCUCCUUGCGCGCUAUGGAAAGAGCCAAGGGAAAACUCAAUAUACCCUUGAUGUAUCUUCAUCGAUAUCUGCGCAUCACCCCCAUGCUGGCAGUGGCCAUCAUUGUCCAUCUGAAAAUACUGCCCCUCAUGGGCGAUGGUCCGCUCUACGGCCAGUGGAACUUUGACAACUACGACAACUGCAAGAAAAGCUGGUUCUGGACCCUGCUAUACGUGCAGAACUACGCCACUGAGAAUGAGUGCCUCAUUCAAGCCUGGUAUCUGGCCAUCGAUAUGCAGCUCUAUAUUCUGGCCCCUAUUUUCCUCUUUGCUGUCGUCAAGUGGGGCAAGAAAGGUGCUGCUGCCAUUCUAGUUCUUAUUCUUGUUCUAGCAGGUUUUCUCAUUGGUUAUGUAGCAAUUAAUGAGUAUUCACUAAUAUCCCUUAACGCUGUUAGUUCCCAAGGGGUUUCCCAUCACACCCACAAUCGGGCAUCUGGCUGGUUGAUGGGUUUCCUCUUUGGCUACUUCCUCCACACAAUCCGUGGAAAGAAGAUCAAACUAAGUCGUCCUGCUGUCUGGGCAGGAUGGAUCAUCAGUCUGGCUAUCUUCUUUACUAUCAUCUUUGCCAUGUAUCCUUAUGGCAUUGCCAAGAGCAAAUCCCUAUCUGCAGUCGCUGAGGCCUUUUACAUUUCCCUCUCCAGGAUUGCCUGGCCUUUGGCCCUGAGUUGGGUGGUUUUUGCCUGUAUGCAGGGCUAUGGAGGAUUGGCUAACGCCUUUCUGUCCUCGCCACUGUGGCAGCCACUCUCAAAGUUGUCCUUUUCCACCUACAUCUGGCAUCUUUUCAUACAGAACCUCAAUGCGGGGCGUACUCGCGUGAACACCUACUUUUCCGAUUACGAUGUGAUGCUACGUUUCUGGCAAGAUUUUGGGUUUUCAGUACUGCUCGCCUUUGUCAUGUACAUCCUGAUUGAAGCUCCUUGUGGCGGAAUAGAGACUUUGUUACUACCAAAUCGGAGACCUACUCCUCAGCCCAGUCAACACAUUCCAGAGGCUGCGCCAAAAGCAGUGGAAACAUCUAAAGACCCUGAGAAGCAAUCAGGAACUUUAGAUGCCGAUAGUGUAGCAAGGGAAAUCAAAAUAUUUUCUGGGCAAGCCUGA